GCGAGACCCGCAGUCUACGCGUGCGCGCGACGAGCGCGAUGGCUGCGCUCGCCCGGCUGGGGGUUCUCGGCCCCGGGCGCUGUCUGUGGAAGCUGCCUGUGCGCCUGUCCGCGGAGUUCCAGGGCUACGGACCCCGGAGGGGCUACGUCGCGGACCGCGCUGAGCGUUCUCCCACCUUUGGCUUACUGUUCGACAUUGAUGGAGUGCUGGUCCGAGGCCACAGGGUGAUCCCAGCUGCUCUGGAAGCAUUCAGCAAGCUGGUAAACUCCCAGGGGCAGCUGCAGGUACCUGUGGUUUUUGUCACAAAUGCUGGGAACAUCUUACAGCGUGACAAAGCCCAGGAGCUGUCAGCCCUGCUGGAGUGCAAGGUGGAUCCAGACCAAGUCAUUCUUUCUCACAGCCCCAUGAAACUCUUCUUGCAGUACCACAACAAGCGGAUGCUAGUGUCUGGGCAGGGACCCCUGGUGGAAAAUGCCAGAGCACUAGGCUUCCAGAAUGUGGUGACAGUAGAUGAUCUGCGAAUAGCCUUCCCAGAGCUGGACAUGGUGGACCUUCAGCGGCGGCCGAAGACCAUGGUAAUAAGGACGCGCCCGAGGAGUGACUUCCCUGCCAUUGAAGGGGUCCUCCUUCUUGGGGAGCCAGUCCGCUGGGAGACAAACCUGCAGCUGAUUACAGAUGUCCUUCUUAGCAAUGGACACCCUGGAGCUGGCCUGGCGACAGCUCCGUAUCCCCACCUUCCUGUUCUGGCCAGCAACAUGGAUCUCCUGUGGAUGGCCGAGGCCAGCAUGCCCAGGUUUGGUCAUGGCACUUUCCUGCUCUGCCUGGAAACCAUCUACCGGAAAAUUACAGGCCAUGAGCUGAAGUACGAGGGCCUGAUGGGCAAGCCCAGCAUCCUCACUUACCGGUAUGCAGAGGAAGUCAUCAGGCAGCAGGCUGAGAGGCGGGGCUGGGCCGCCCCCAUCAGGAAGCUGUAUGCUAUAGGUGAUAACCCUAUGUCUGAUGUCUACGGGGCCAACCUGUUCCAUCAGUACCUGCAAAUGGCAAAUGGUGGAGAGAAGGAGCAACGGGCUGAUGGACAAGAGAAGCAGCGGCCUUCAGCAGCCCGGAGCUGUGCUUCCGUCCUGGUGUGCACUGGUAUAUACAGUUCUCAGGACCCAGGCUCCCAAGCACCUACUCCUGGAAGGGCAGAGCUCCCAUUCCACGGGCACCGAGACUUCAGCUUCAGUCCAGAGCUCCUAGAGGCCUCCCACAUCGUUCAUGAUGUAAAUGAAGCUGUGCAGCUGGUUUUCCACCAGGAGGGUUGGGCUUGAGCGUAAGGAGAUGUAGCAGAGGCGAAGGGGGCCGUUGGAACAUGCACCUCAGGGACUCCUGUGUGCCAGGCCGUCUGUGGUCUGGGCCACAGGCAUCAAGUCUGAGCCUGGUCUCUUGCCAUUACUUCCUGGGACAAAGAAGACCACAGCUUCAGUAACUACAGAAUGCCCUUUCAGAGGAGGGAUGGGUUUCUGGGCCCUUCCUGUGCGUCUCUUGCAGUCUGACCUCAUGCUGGUCCCUUUACCUCUGUGCCUCAGUGUCCUCUCAGGGAGGACCUUUUUACUUCCAGACAGGGACUCACUAUUGUAGCUCCGGCUGUCCUGGAACUCACUGUGUAGCCCAGGUUGUCCUGAAACUCAGAUCUGCCUGCCUCUGCCUCCCCGGUGCUGGGAUCAAAGGUGCACGCCAUCACACCUGCCUCGUAAGGACUUUUAAGACAGGGCACAGUGUAAGACUGUGUGGAAACUUUGGAGAGCCUGUGGUUGCACGGAUGGGAGCACUGCCAGGGAGGGGUGUGACUAACACUCUCACUAGUGUUUACUGUGUUUUAGAGUGUUGCCCAGAAGACUUUGGGACUUUUUUUUAAAAAAAUUAAAAACUAUCCUAAUAUUUGUUAAA